AUGUUAAUUGAAAAUAAGAUAAAAAUAAAAAACCUUAUCUAUGAAUGCAAUGAGAAAUUAAAAUUAUAUAUAAAAAUAAAGCAAAAUAUUAUGAAAAAUGACAUGCAUAAAAGCACAGAAGAGUUAAAGGAAUGUUAUAAUAAAUGUGUAGAAUCAAAUUUAAUUAAAUUUAAUGAAGUUAAAUGUUUUGAUGAUGAAUUUAUUAGUGAAAAAAAAUUAAAUACAGACAUAAUUAAUUGUCUUUUAGAUAAUUAUUUGGAAAACAAUAAUAGGUGUGUUAUAUCUUUUAAUAAAUAUGAAAAUUUUAAUACUAUUAAAAAUAACUUAGAAAAUGAAGAAAAAAAUGAUUAUAUAAAUUAUAUUUAUCUGUAUAAUUUAAUAGAACACUUUUUUGUUAAAAUAAGUGUAUUAUCAGCUAAAAAAAACGAAAAUAAAAUAUAUACAUUACGAUUUGGUGCUUUCAAUUUUUCCAAUGUAUAUGAUUUAUUAGAAGAAUACGAUGACAAUGAAGAAUAUAACCAAAAAAAAAGAAGUUACACUUUAAAAUAUGAGAAAGAAAAAAAUUAUUUCAAUAACAUCAAUGUAGAACUAAAAAGUGAAUUAAAAAAUUUUAAUGAAAAAACAAAAGCUAUCGAAUUUUCAGAUCUAGAAAAAUUGAAGGACAUCCUAAAUUUUGCAGAAAAAAAAAAGAAAUCGUUAGAAAAAAAAUUAAAUAUGAAUGAACCGUUUUUUUACACAUUAAUAACAAUAGAUAUCAUUGAAAUAAAAGAAAAUAAUCUAAUGAAAAUCCCAAUAACUAAUAAUUGUAAUAAAUAUAUCUUAGAUAAAUAUUAUUUUCUUAACAUUUCUUAUACAAAUUAUGAUGAUGAAAAAGAAAGUGUUAACAUAGAGGAAUUAAGAAAAUCAUUUUAUGAAAUUAUAAAUUUAAUUAAACACUAUUUAAACAAUAAUUUAAAAAUUGACAUUUCUAAUUUUAAUCGCAUAUCAAAAAUAGUCCAUGAAAUAUGCUAUGAUAUGGAGAAAAUUUUUUUGAAGGUUGUUUUGUAUUUCCCUUAUAAUUAUGAUAAUAAAUUUGAUGAAUAUAUUUUGAAUUUUCUUUAUACAAUUGAUAUUAAACUAAAGGAUUAUUUAAAUUUAUUCAAUAAUAAUUUAACCAAAGUAGUAAAUGAUAAUUAUAAUAUGAGAGAUCAUAAAGAUGUUAUUAUAUCAGAUAAUGAAAAAUAUCAUAAAUUAGAUAAAAUUUUAUUCAAUAAUAUUGAUUUAGAUGAAAAUUUGAAAUAUAAUGUAUUGAUAGAAGCUUUGAAUUUACCUGAAGAAUCUUUUAACUGUUUAACAUUGUUAAAUAAAACAUUUCAACAUAAUUAUGAUUUAUAUAAAGAGAAAGAAAAAGAAUUCUAUAGAAAUAUUUUAAAUUUAGUUGAAAAGCAAAAUGAAAUUAUUAAAAGUUAUGAAGAGAAAGAAAAUAAGAAGAAAGACGAAAUAAAUAGUAUACUUAAAGAAAUAUAUUACAUUAAUGAAAAAAAUUUAGAAAUAGAAAAUGAAAUACAAAGACAUCAAAAUUUAAAUAUGGAAUAUUUGCAAAAAGAAGAGAAUAAAGAUGUGCAAAAUUUGAAAAGGAUCCACACUAUUGAUAACAUAUUAAAUAAAGAAUAUGAAUAUUUUUUAAAAUUUCGCAAUGAAUCAAUAAACAACCAAGAAAAACCUAUAAAAAAGGAAAAAAACUUUCAAAGUAUCCAAGAUAAUAAUAUUUCAAAUAAUAUACUAAAUAUCCAGGAAAAACAAGAAGAAGAAUAUUUAAAAAAUUUAAAUGAAGCAAUGAAGUACGCAGAACAAAAUUUUCAACAAACUCAUAAUUUAAAAAAAAAAUAUGAUGAUAUUAUAUGUAAAAAAAUGGAACUUUUCAAAAUUUUAAAAAGCACAGUAAUAAAGUUAAAUGAAAAGACAAAUUCAUUAAAGAACAAUUUUAAAAGUACAAAAGGACUGAAAUUUGUUUAUCCUAUAGAUGAUAAUUAUAUAAGUUUUAAAGAAAAAUAUAAAAAUCAUCUAACAUGUAAUAACUUAAAAGAAUAUAAUGAAUUAUUAGAAGAAUUAAAGAAAAAUGAUUUCAAUGAAAAACAAGUUGAGUGGAUACUAAAGAUGAACUCUAUAUCGAAAAAAUUUUAA